AUCUCUCAGACUUGGCUUUCAUUUUCCACCAUUCAAUCUUAGAUAAUAAAAAGCAGAAGUAUAUAGCAAUAACCUUUCUAUCCCUUUGUGACACUACUAGAAAGAAAAUCAGAAAUGGCUCUAAGAAUGUGGGCUUCUUCAACAGCCAAUGCACUUAGAGUCUCCUCCACUGCUUCAAGAACCAAUUUUGCCCCUGCUUUUUCACUCACUAGAUGCUUUUCUACAGUUCUUGAAGGGCUGAAGUAUGCAUCUUCACAUGAAUGGGUGAAGCAUGAGGGCUCAGUGGCAACAGUUGGAAUCACUGAUCAUGCUCAGGAUCAUUUGGGAGAAGUGGUAUUUGUGGAUCUGCCAGAAACUGGUACUUCUGUGUCAAGUGGAAGCAGCUUUGGAGCUGUUGAAAGUGUGAAAGCCACCAGUGACAUUAACUCUCCAAUCUCGGGCGAGAUCGUUGAGGUCAACACAAAGCUUACUGAAACACCUGGUUUGAUCAACUCGAGCCCGUAUGAAGACGGAUGGAUGAUUAAAGUGAAGCCGAGCAGUCCAUCAGAACUCGAACCUUUGAUGGGGGCGAAAGAGUACACAAAAUUCUGUGAAGAAGAGGAAAGUCAUUAAAACUUGAAGGUGAUCUUUGAAUUCACCUUUUAGACUAACUUUUGCCUGGUUAAGGCCUGAGAUAUUGUGAUCAAACUUCCAGUCACUUGUUAAAAAUUCUACAAACAUAUAUAAUAAGAUCCACUUUUCUGGUA